AGGAAAAGGUUGUGGGAGGAUCUUGCUUCUACCAUUUGUCCGAGUCAAAUGCAUAUCUGUAUUGGAGGGGACUUUAAUGUUAUGUUGGAGCCAGGGGCGACAAUUGGGUUAAAGUGAACAUGCUUGUAGAGAUGAAGAUUUUUGUGGACUUUGUGGGGAGACUUGAUCUAUGUGAUUUGACCAUGGCUGCUCACACUUUCACAUGGGCUAAUUUCAGGGAUAGGACGACAUUUAGCAGACUGGAUCACUUUAUCACAAGUCCUGCUUUUUAUGAGUUCUUGGACAUUUCUCAUUUUGCUAUUGAUAAUAAUAUAUUUUGAUCACUCCCAACUUUUGUUAAUCCUACUUAAUAUUAAUUGGACUCCGAAGGCUUUUAGGUCGUUUGAUACUGUUUUAAAGGAUAGAAAUUUCUAUUUGUAUAUGUAGCAUCAUUGGAGUUCAUAUAACAUCAAGGGGUCUACUAGUUUUCUUCUAGCAAGUUACAUAAGGUUAUUAAAACAUGAUGUAAGAGAGUGGUAGAGACAGAAACUUAGGAAGUUAGAGGGCAGGAUCAGUGAUCUGAAUAAGGAAAUCAACCAGGCAAUAAAGGUUAAACAAAAUAAUCUGCUGAAAAGAGAAUGGAAAGAUGGAGCUUACUAUAGACCGAGGAGAGUAUUUGGAGACAGAGAUCUGGAAUCAAUUGGCUGGGAGAUGGGGAUAAUAAUACCAAGUUUUUUCAUCAAGCAAUAUUAGAGAAGAGACGUAUUAGUGAUAAUUGCGUACUUGUCUUUGAACAACAUCUUAUCUCUAAAAAUGGAAAUCCACCAAACUGACCAUUCAUUGUUUGUAGACUAGUUACAUUUUAUAUGGAGGCAGCUGUUUUUGUCCGUAUAAAUGAAAGAGUACAACUACCUUCUUAAUCUCCAAAAAAGUUCUAUAAUCUUUUUUGUGUGUUUGGAAAUUCCCUUUCCUUUUGUAAGUCUCUAACUCAUUUCUUCUAAUUUUAAGGUUUUGUCUUGAUUUGAUUAUCUCUUUCUUUGCCGCUGGUCAUUUGUAGGUGAUUGAUAAACAAGAAUCAAUGGAGAAAGCUGACAAGAAAAUUUCUAGUAGAGGCAACCCACUGAAAUUUUACUGGCCUGAAAAGUUCUCGCCCAUUAAAUUAACACCAACCAAUAUCACUUUAGCCCCAAGUAAUUUUAAGAUAUGGAAAAUGGGCAAAUAUAAUGUCAAAUCUACUGGUGAUGAUGGUAAUGGUACUGAUGAUGAGUCUUUCGCUAGUAACUCAAGUACUAACAUGGAUCCCAGGAGGAACAAGAGGACUUCAUCAAACGAGCUGUGUUCUGAACAAGAAUAUAAACAACAAAAGAUGGCUUCACAAAUUGAAAGCUCUGAAGAUAAGGGAAGUACUUCGCUAAUGGAGAAGAAGGAUAGCUCAAUGAACAUGUCAGCUAUCUCUAAAAAUAACUCCACAUUUCGGUUUGGUGAAUUUGAAGAGAGACAAAGGGAGAUAAAUCAUAUGAAACAAUUCUAUAAUAAUCACCUCACCAGGCUAGCACAUAUUCAAAGAGAAACCGUGGUGGAAAAUCAAUUAUUAGAAGCGCUGAUGGCAAACUCGAGCAUCUUAAAUCUUUUUUUUGAAGAAUCUGAACGAACACCCCACAUGAAUCCAAAGCAAGGUCAAUCUAAGGAUCUGUGAAGACAACAGGGUAAGAGCAUAACCGUUGAGACCUGAGCUAGGCUGUGUUGGACCUAUUUGAGGACUGUUUUGGAACAAUUUAUUGAAAAAAAAUGAGAAAGUUAAAGACUUGUGAAGCCUCAUAUCUAGUUUUCAAUUAUAUUAUGUCAAAGAGAUGAUUAGAAUGUUAUAAUUUUAUAUUAUGUGAAUUG